AUGGAGUUAAAGAAAGUGCAGCAUGUGAUCGAUGCUUUGUUAGACACUCCGCCGUCACACCCAUCACCUCAGCAGAAGAACACAGCUACAUUGAAAACAUCUCAAUCAACCUCGUCAAGCAGCCGAUCUGACCAACCCACACCACCUGGAACCACCCGAACACGGCCAGUCGACCAGAACCCCCCAACCACGCAGCCGUCAGCAUCCCUCACUCCCAACACAGGUAGCAUCAGAUACCACUCGAGCACCUCGACAACCUCCUCCAGCCCCCUACCAGAACUUCCAACCCAUGCAAGCACGAAACCGUCAACAUCCGGGUUCGCUACCGAACCCGUCAGGCCCACCACUCACUCAGCAACGUUACCAGCAGACAACUGCCCCACCACCCGAUCAGCACCGCCGCAACUUCCCCAACUUCCCUUUCUACCGAAAUGCCCAAUCCCAGCCCCCAUCCACUCCUUUCAACCAACAAUACCGAAACCAGUACCCUCCCAUCAAUUCACAGCAACUAUCACACAGUAUGUUGAACCAGGAACCUCCAAGAGACUACAUUUAUGA